AUCUGCAGGUUUGGGGCUAGCAUGGGUGGCCAUCCUGGCCUUCGAAGCACUCAUCUUUGUCCUCACAGUUCAUCGGACCUGUAAAUCUAGAGGUUUAUCGCGGUUAAUGUAUUUUGGAGCCAUGACACUCUGUAAUAUACCGAACAUUGUGAUGUACUACUAUUUCUUAACAGUUGGCCGGGCAGUUAUUAGAGGCAAUGUGGGUCUAGCUAUAUUCACUAGCUGCAUGUCCGUUACUCUCAUUUCUCGGCUGAUGCUUAACCUGCACAAAUCUGUGGACUCUGGCAUUUUAUCCGUCCCUGCCCGGGACGACGACUACUGCCUCUCAGUCUUUACUACUAGUAUCAGCAUACAGUCUGAGAUCGCCUAGA